AUCACAGAACUUAUAGCGUGCUCCAAAGGUACACUAAUCUUAUCUGGGGAUGAAACUCUGAGAAAAGCCGCGGUGACGUCGUCAGUAACUGAGUACUACUGGAAAGUGAGAUACUCUGAGAACGACUGGACAGAUGUGAUUUACUGCACAAGCCUUACGGUCUGUACGAUGAUAAAACCAGUAUUAUCAGAUGGAACAAAAGUGCGAGUUAGUGAUAAUGGAACUUUAAUAACUUUGGAACAUAGCGCUGGGGGUAACGCCGGUGGCCACACCCAGUUCUUAUUUCAAGUUGAACUGAAGAACGACGUGAGAGUUCACAUCUUUAAAGUCAGCUUUACAGCCAUCUGUGAGUUUUGUUGAUUUUUUGUUAUAGCAUUAGUGAACGUAAGUAACAGGACGGCAGAAAGACUGCGGGCGGCAAAGCAUUUCUGUGUGACAAGACUAUUAGUUGAGAGUUUUGUAGUGAUCUUCAAUAACAAUGAUCCUCUCUGUGGGUACCUGCGGACCUCGUUUUCGUCACGCGUUUCUCAUCGAAUCGUCGAACGAAAUCGUCGCAUAUUUCGUCGCAACGCUCCUGGCGAGCUCGAACAAUCACGACGACAACGAAGGAAACGAAAAAAUAACAAAAAAGCAGCAGCUUUAUUAAAACAAAAACUAUGAAUGCAGUACUGUGACUUUUUGGCAGAUUUCUUUGCCUUCAUCGCAUGACUAACGCAGAACUUGAUUGGAAUGGCAAUACUGCGAUCAUCGCUUUCAUCCCUAAGAUCGUCGUUUCGGUAUUAGCGAUCGCCGCGACUUUCCUUUCGUCGGAAAUACCCAUAGAGAUUCUCAACAAUACUGUGUUCUGGUCUUUUAACGAAAGAUCUGUUCAGAGGAAGGCGAAGCUCGGCGGAAAAUUUUUUCACACAUUAUUAUUGUCACGCUUGUCACACAAGUUUUGCCGUCAUCUUUCCCCUGUCGUCCUUUUUCUACAGCCCUAAGUGAGAUGUAUAAUAUCCCCUCUCCGGUUUUCCAAUGGGAGUUCCCUCCCCCAGGCCAGGGAAGUGCUUAACCUUUUUUAGUUUUCCACCCGCCACUCUUAGGCCCUGUCCCCACUACCGAUCGAUCUAUUCGUGUCCACACUACCGUUUUGAUGCGUUUUCGACUGUCCACACUAAAACGUUCGAAAGCGAUAGAAUUGCACGUUGUGACGUAAGUUGGACUCUAUGCGCUUGCUACAAACACACGCACCUGCGAUGAUUUAGGUCAUCGUUUUGAUUCGGUAUGUUUUGGACAGUCCACACUAAUACGACAUGUAUGCGUUUUCGUUUCUACCCACUUUCAAGAGCGUUUUCAAAUCGACGCGUUUUCGAUGUAAACGUUCGGUGUAUUAGUGUGAACAGAAGGCCUAAACGCAUCGAAAUGUAUGCGUUUUCAAAGGAAAACGCAUUAGUGUGGAGGGGGCUUUACGCUCAUUUCUCACGCCUAAAGUAAAACACUUUCAUAAGUUAGAUCACCAAUUCAAGCAGCACUGUUGGGUAAAAAUUGGACAUAAAAUGCUACGUUUGUUGAUGGUUCUUCGUGCUCCAAUAAGUGUGAUGUCUUUCUCUGUGCUUGCAGGCAUUCGUAAGCGGGUAGCAGAAAAAGCUAACUUGACCAAAGUCUUAUUCGACAGGCUGCCCGCGUGGGAUAAAGUAGAAGACAUGUACUUUUCUGACGCAAGUGGAACUAAUACAUUUGCGUACUGCAAUUCUAAAAGUUGUGAACGGCUUACAGGGAGCAACAACCGCCAUGAUCCCUGGACAAACCGUUUUCAUGUGACAGGUGGGGCGUUGGAGUUUCUUGUUCAAAAAGAAGACGAUGGCCGUGAGAUAAUAGUUAAAAUACACAGGAGAAACACAGUACGUGUUGAAAGAAUAUGGAUUUUUGUCGAUACUUCAUCAGGUAAUAAUAUUGACAUCAUGAUAUAA